AUGAAUAGAGUUAGUGUUUUAAGCAAAUACCAAUGCUUAAAGAUUAACUCUCCAAAUAGAUUUUUUUCAAAAUAUUUUACAACAUCAACAAUAAAUUCAACAAAAAUAACAAAUGAUCAAUCACAAACAAACUCUGCAGGAAAAGAAAUAUCACAACCAAUUUUAAAAUCUCAAGAUAAACUCAAAAAAUCAAUUUUAAAAACAUCAACAGAUACAAAUUUUUUAAAAGAUAUAAAUAAAAAACAUCGACAACAUUAUAUUAAACCACAAAAAGAUGAUGAAAAUAUUAUUUUAAAAACAUUAAAUGAUUUAAAAACAAAUAAUUUAAAUACAAAAGAAUUAAUUAGUGAUAGAUUAUCAGAAUUAUUUUUAAAUAAAGAAAUGAUUAAAUUAAUAAGUGAAAAUGAAAUUGAAUCAAUUAAUGAAAUAUUUAAAAUAGUUUUAGGAGCUAAAAAAUCACAACAACCACCAACAGUAGCAUUUUUUACAAAAUCAUUUUUAAAUAAAUCAUCAAAAGAAUUUAAAAUGAAAUUAGAUUCAUUACCAAUUAUAGUUUACUUUUUAUCAGUUUUUGAAUCAAAAGAUAUAAUGAAAAGUUCAGAUUCAGAUUCAGAUUCAACAGCAACAAAUAAUUAUUUAACUGUUGGAAAAGGUAUAUCAAAAAAGUUUAUUCAAAAUUUCCAAGAUUCAAUUUCAUCAGAACUUGAUAUAACAGAUUUACAAGAACAUUUAUCAGAUAUGAUUAAAUUAUCAAAAUUUUCAAGAUUACUUGGAUAUUUAACAAAUGUUGAAAUUUCAAGAGAUAAAAUUAAAAAAUUAAAAGAUAAAAAUGAAAUUUUUAAUCAAUUAAUAAAUGAAUUUGGUGAGAAUAUAAAUGAAAUUGAAUUUCAAAAUUUAUUUAAAAAUGAGAUACAUUUUAUAUCAUUCCUAUUAACAUUAUCAAGAAAUCAAAUUAUAACAAUUUUAUCAAUAAGUAAUAAUAGUUGUUAUGAAGAAGAAGAAGAAGUUGAAGAAGUUGAAGAAGUAAAUGUAAAAGGGGAGGGAGGAGAAUUAUUUAAACGAGUUGACAAAUAUGAAGAUAAUAAUAAAGGAAUUUUUAAUCAAAAUAAAAUUAAAAGUUUAAUUGAAAAUAUACCAGUUUCAAAAGUAAGAGAACGUUUAUAUUGGUUUUUAUUAAUGGCUAAAUUAAGAUACCCAAUUAGUGAGAAUUAUUUUAAUGAUAUUGAAAUUUCAUUACAUUAUGAAAAAGAUCCAUCAUUUAUCUUGUUUUUCUUUAACCAUUUCAAGAUUUUUGGGUAUAUACCAUCAGAUUCAUCAGAAGCAAAGAUUUUCCAAAGAUAUGUAAGGGUUGCUACUCUUGAUGAAGCUCUUCAUUAUUUCGAUUCAAUUAAAAAGAAACCUCAAUCUUUAAAUAUCAUUAUGAUCACUCAUUUACUUUUAGCAAUGAAUAAAUUUAAUAAUCAAUUAGAUAGAAAAAUAAUAAUUGAUUCAACUACCAAUACUACUACCAAUACUACUAUCAAUACUACUAUCAAUAAUAAUAAAAUAAAAAAAUAUCAAAGAUCAAUUGAAAAUGAAAUGUUAACUCUUUAUUCUAGUAAAAUUAAGGAUAUUAUAGGCUCAAAUUCAAGUUUAUACAAUUUUACAUUAUCACAACUUUUACAUGGUGAAAAAUGGAGAAAAGUUUUAUUUAAUACUUUAGUAACUCAAUUAAUUGAAAAACAUAUAAAUUCAGUCACCGAUGAAACACUUUUAAUUAUAAAUGAAUAUUUCUCAAUUCAUAAAGAUGAUGUAAUCCUUAAAAAAUUGUAUGAACUCUCUAAAAAAAUUCAUCUUUCAAAAGAGUUACUCUCAAAUCUUACAAUUCAAUUUCUAAUUCACAAAAGGGAUUAUUCUAAUGCAAUCAAUUCUUUAAUUGAAUUAUAUAAACAAGAAACUCCAAUUUUAAAAUCAACUUUAAAAUUAUUAAUUAAAAGUGAUCCAACUCAUCCAAUUUUAUUUGAAUUUUAUAAAACUUUACCACAACAAUUUGAAUUAAUUGAACCUACAAAUCAAGAACAAGAGCAAGAUCAACAAGAUCAACCACCACCACCACAACAACAACAAGAACAACAACAAGAACAACAACAACAACAAGAACAACAACAACAACAAGAUCAACAACAACAAGAUCAACAACAAGAUCAACAAGAAAAACAACAAAUUAAAGAAAUUAAACCAAAAUUAAAAGAAAAAUUAGAAAGUGAAAAACUUAUUAAUUCAGAAUUAUUUUUAGAAUGUAUAAAUGAUCCAAUGAAAUUAUAUAGAAUUUUAGAUGGAAAAAUUGAAAUUUUAGCAAGUACAUUUCAAAGUAUUGUUAUGAAAUCAUUAGAAUCGGGUAAAUAUCAAUUUGUUGAAAGCAUAAUUUCAAAGAGAUUUGGAGAUAGUUCAAAAUCAAUUGAUAAGCAUUUAUUAUCAAAAUUAAUUACAAUUCCAAAUUUACCAAUUUCAAAAGAUGAUCCAUACAAUAUUGAAAAACUACUAUUAACAAAUAAUCGAUCAGAGAAUUUAGCACUUUACAAUAAACUUUUUAAUUUAUCUUUAAAUAAUGGUCUUUUAAAUUGUGCAAAGAAUUAUAUUUUAAAGAUUAUUCAACAAUCAAAUCAAAGACUUGUAACAUCAUUAUGUUAUCAAGGUGAAGAAGCCUUAAUUUAUUCUUAUAUUUUAUCAUUAAAUAAUUUAAAUAUUAUUAAUAAUAAUCAAGAAAAUAAUAAUAAUAAUAAUAAUGAUUUAAAAGAAACAAUUGAAAAUCAAAUUAUUAAAUGGAUAGAAUCAGUAUUUGGUUGUAAUAGUUUAAAUGAAAUUAAUAAUGAUGAUUUUGUAUUUUCAAUUCUUUUAGGAUUUCAUCAUUCAACAUCUGCAUACUAUAAGAAACAAAUUGGAAAUUUAAAUGAACAACAACAAUUACCAUCAUCAUUAUAUUUAAAGAUUAGAUCAAAUUUAAUGCAAGUAAUAAAUAAAUAUUUUGAUCUUAUAGUUUUGGAUAGAAUGAUAUUAUCAAGUUAUGGUCUUGAAUCAAAAUAUUAUGGUGAAGCUAUUGAUUUUCAAAAGGAUUUCAUCUCAAUGAUAACAAUAAAUGAACUUUACCAAUAUACAAUUUUAAAAUUAAAUUUACUUGAAAAAAAAAAUAAUAAUAAUAACAACAAUAAUAAUAAUAAUAGUUACUAUCGAAUUUCAAUAGAUAAGAAAUUCAUUGAAAAUAAUGAUCAAUCAUUUAAUGAAAUUGAUUUAUUAUUAAAGAAUAUUAGUACAAAACAAAUUUCAGUUAUUGUACCAUUUUUAAUGGGUUUCAUUGAAAAUCCAUCAUUAAUGAAAUAUCUUUCAGUGAUAUUAUCAAAUGAUUUGAACAAAUAUGAUACAGCAACAACAACAACAACAACAACAACAAUUGGUAAUAAUUUCAUUCAAAGAUUAAUGGAAUCAUCAUCAAAUUCAAAGGAAAUUGACUUUUUAAAUAUUUCAAAUACAUUCUUUUUUAAAUAUUUCAUUUCAGUUGGUGAUUUAAAAAGUGCUUUCAAAGUUCAUUUUAAACAAAUUCAUAUUUUAAUUAGAUUUAGAUUAAUUCAAGAUAUUUUAAAGAAUCAACCAUUGGUAAUGGAUCAUAUAUUUAAAAUAAUCUCAUCAGAACUAGAACUAGAACAACAACAACAACAACAACAACAACAACAACAACAACAACAACAACAACAACAACAACAACAACAACAACAACAACAAAAAUCAUCAUCACCAUCAUUAGAUUAUGGUUUAAUUGAAAGUUUAUUAUCAGUUACUUCAAUUUUAAAUGAUUCAAAAUCAAUUCAUUUCUCUUUAAAACUUUAUAAUUUAGCUAGUGAACAUGCUAAAUUAAACAAUUCAAGAAUUCCACUAUCAAUUACAAAUUCAAAAGAUUUGGUUUUAUCAGGAUUUAAAAAUAGAAAUGAUCAUUUCCAAUUAUCUGAAAAUUUGAAAAUUUCAGAUAUUGAAAAACAAAUGAAACAAACACGUGGUGCAGGUGCUGAUGGUGCAGAUGAAAUUAUUAUUAAAAAUCAUUUAACAAGUUCUCAACUUUUAAAUGAUAUUAAAUAUAUUUUAAUUCAUUCAAAUUAUAAGCAAUUAAAAGGUAUUGGUUUCGGUGUACUUAGAGGUGACAUUCCUUUUACAAUAAAUGAUAAAAUUAAAGUGUUCCUUUUAGUUGAAGCUUUUGCAGCAGAAGAAGGCAGAGAAAAAGUUAAUAGCUUUUUGAAUACUCCAUCAUUACUAAACAAUUCCUUAGACUUUGAAUUAUUAAGAACUCCAAAAAUCACAAAAUUAAUCUCUUUCAUUUUCAGAACUAAUUCAAGCAUCAAACAUGAUUCAAAUUAUUUCCCUGAAUUUUCACCAGAUUUCUUACCUAAUAAAUUCAAAUUUUAUUCUGCUCAUCUUGAAGAUAUUAAUAAUAAUGAUAAUGAUAAUAGUAUUCAAGAUAUAUCAAAUAUAGUUAAUUGUAAUAGUGGUCCAGAAUCUUUUUAUUAUAGAAAAGUUUUAAAAUAUUUCUUUAAAAAAAGAAUUUUAAAAAAUUUAUAA